AUGUCGCACAGCAAAAGGUCGCAUGCGACAUUCAAGGCUGAUCUGUACGAUGAAGCCGCCGUGCAUGUUGCUUUCGGCACUCCUUUGCCCCCCUUGGACCCAGACGUACGUGACGAUGGCUCCUACGUCCCCGUUUACAAGCAGGAGGUGAGGGACGAGCGUGGCCGGCGACGCCUUCAUGGCGCUUUUACCGGAGGAUGGAGUGCAGGAUACUUCAACACUGUCGGAUCAAAGGAGGGUUGGACUCCGUCUACCUUCGUAUCGAGCCGCACGAACCGACGGAAGAAUAAUCUGGAUGCAGCGCAUCAACGGCCAGAAGAUUACAUGGAUGAAGAAGAUCUUGCCGACGCCGCUGCCGCUCAAGAUAUCCGAACCACUGAUCCAUUUGCCGCCCUGGGAGCUUCUGGCCUGGGUGGUCGCCACCCUAAUGGGCUGGCUGGUUUGAUAAGAACCCAGGGUGAUACCAUGGGUAUCAAGCUUCUGCGGAAAAUGGGCUGGAAGGAUGGACAAGGCAUCGGGCCGAGAGUACGAAGGAAAGCGCGGCUGGGCCCCUCGACUAAUAACCAGCCUACUGAGCCCGAAGAAACCCAUCUAUUUGCCCCGGACGACGUCGACAUGAUUGCACUUUGUCGCAAGGCUGACCGCCGGGGCUUGGGAUACCAAGAGGAAGCUCGACUAUCAUCACUCUACGGAUCUGGUGGCGGUCGAACGCACCGGCCCGGCUCGGGGGGGGUGGAUGUCGAUGAGGAGGAGGAUGACUAUGCCAGCGGUCCUCGGCUUUCACUAGGCAUGCCUGGCAGGAAGCAGAGACAAGCACAACGUACGGGCUUCGGCAUUGGAGUCUUGAACGAUACUGGCUCUGACGAGGACGAUCCAUAUGAAAUGGGCCCUCGAAUAUCAUAUAACCGAGUCCUGGGUGGCGACAAAGCAAAGAAGAAGAAGAAGCAGCCAGCGGCUACGACUGUGUCGGCAAAUCCAACGCUGAGGGCCAAACCAGUCUUUAUCUCUAAACUCGGCCCAGCUAGGGACCAUACACAGGCGAAAUGUCACGAUGGAAAACCGCCGCUGAAAGGCUUUGUCGCCGGCCACAUAUCAGACUCUCGGCUGUUCAGGCAAUCAGCGUCGCCCUAUCCUCCCCCAGCUAUCCCCCCGGGCUGGGCUUCAGCGAAACGCCGUGUAGAUACCAACCAGCAAACGGUGUACAUGUCGGCGGCGGACGCUGCAAGGACGGCUCAGCAUGAUCCAAGAACUCGGGCGGCGGUUCUAGGCGAAUCCAUCCUCCCCGGAAAAUCGAUUUUCGACUACAUGUCAGCUGCUUCUCGCGAGCGACUAGCUGCGGCCUCUGGCAAAACGAACCUUCCCCCGGCUAAAGGCGAGGUCCCGCUAGGGCAUGGCAAAUCAUCCGAGCAGAGACUGGAAGACAGGCUGCAGAGCAUACCUAGCCUAGCUAAAGAGACGGCCAUUGCAGCAAUGAGUCGGGGAGCAGGCGCAGGCGGACCUUACGCAAACGAUGAAGCCAAGCGCGCACGUUACCGGCUCUACCUGCAGGCUGCGGCCGGGUUCGGCGGCUUCUCUGCUGUAAAGCCUUUAGGCAUGACGGAUGAUGACUAUGUCAAGGAGCUUGCGGAAUUUUAUGGGUGCGCGCAGCUGUUCAGGCCCAUGACGGGAUUCAUGGCUACUCGAUUUACGACUGCUUCAACAGAGAGCAAGGGGCCUGCAGGUCUGGAAUCUAGCUCGGACUCAGGCGUGCAGCAGAUUCUCAAGCCAUCCAAGCCAGCGGAUCCGGCCGAAGAGGCAGCCAAGAUGGGGAUGUACGGGCGUAUGACGAGGCUGACAGAGGGUUUCUUCCCGACCAGGUUGCUGUGCAAGCGCUUCAAUGUGCGGCCACCCGACCACGUCCAGCCGGAUUCAUACCCCAGCGCUUCUUCGGAGACUCGCGGUUUCCUCAAUGCUCUGCCUGCCGGGGUGGAUGCAACGAAGCAGCCGCCUUCUUCCGGGGUGGGCACAGACGCAGUGGGUAAUUUGUCGAGCCCCGAAGUUGCAGAAGCUUUGCCAAGGUCAGCGGACAGCGCAGCCACGGCCAGGGACAAAAUCGCUGUUGAGAUCCCACGACCCAGUGACGAGGUCUUCAGAGCAAUUUUUGGCAAUAGCAGUGACGAGGAUAACUAA